GUGGGACGGUCUAUCCCUUAUCCCAUCCUCUUCCCCACACAGAAUGUCCUCUCUCUCUCUUCUCUUCUCUCUCUCUAUUUAUAUAUCCACGGACACAUCCUCGGAAAUAUGCUCUUGAAUUCCCAGUUGCAUUCAGAAGAAGUAGAUUUUAUUCUCUUCUUUUACAUUUCCAUGAUUUUUUCUCUCUACGAGUGCCCGGCUUUUUGGUUGCUCUUUCAAUGAAUCCCACCUCGAUUCGCGAACUGGGUCAUCUGUUGAUUGUGGUUUAGAGCCACAGCAGACUCCACUUUGACUUUGGAGGCGACGAAGGCAGAGCAGUUAUCCUUCUGUAACAUGGAAUCUCCGCAAUCUGUGGUAUCACCUUUCAAGAGCUCAGUCUUGUCAAAGGACGUUGAGGUCAAUGGGAGGGAAGCUGUUAUGUCUAAUGUGGAAGACUUCAUUGGUGUUCUUGAUGUUUACAUACACCAAGCCAGGGACAUCCACAACAUCUGCAUAUACCACAAACAAGAUGUUUAUGCGAAGAUUUGCCUCACUAGCAACCCUGAGAACACUGCAUCCACCAAGAUCAUCAAUGGAGGUGGAAGGAACCCUGUGUUUAAUGAGAACCUUUCUCUGAACGUUAGAACUGUGGAAUCUUCUCUCAAAUGUGAGAUAUGGAUGCUGAGCAGGGUGAAGAACUAUCUAGAAGACCAGCUUCUUGGCUUUGCUUUGGUGCCUUUGUCUGAAGUGCUUGCGAAGAAUGGUGGGACACUAGAGAAAGAGUUCUCUCUUUCUUCAACUGAUCUGUUUCAUUCACCAGCAGGUUUUGUUCACAUGUCUCUGGCAUACACUGGAGCUUCACCUGAUGUUAUGGUGGUUCCAGCUGAGGAAGUCACUGAGAGAGACUCGGGAACUCGUCAGUCCCUGGCGAAAGACUUAGAAAAGAUUGAGUUCCCAGACCCCAAAAUAGCGAAAGAAGACCACCUGAUGGUUUCAGAAUACUUUGGAAUUCCAUGUGAGGAGAGCUUUACUACAUCUUCUGAUGCUGCUGAAAGCCAUAGCUCUGAUGAAGCAGGUGUUCAGCUUGUAGAGAGCUUCUCAGCGUGCAGUGUUGAGUCUGCCCAACCUCAAAAAAUUGUCGAUUCGCCAAAGAGCAGUGUGUCAACAAAUGGAGUUUCUUCAUCUUCUCCUUCAGUGCCUGCAAGCUCAGACUCAUCUGAGCUUGAACAAGUCUCAGGAGCCAAAGAGAAAACUCUGGAUCCUAAAGAUGGUGAGAGUGAUUCCUCAAAUGGGAUGCCAAAUGAUUCAUUUUCAAAGCCUGUUGUGACUGUGAAGAUUGAGCCAGAACCGAAGGUGGUGCAGCAGGACAUAGUAGACAUGUACAUGAAGAGCAUGCAGCAAUUUACUGAAUCUCUAGCAAAGAUGAAGCUUCCUAAUAUGGAUGUUGAAAGUGGACCAACCAGUUCAGGAAACUCGAGCUCAGAUCAGAAACUACAAGCAUCAGCAUCAUCAAAGAACAAUAGCUCCCGAGUGUUUUAUGGGAGUAGAGCUUUCUUCUGAGCUUAUGUAGAUGAGUAAGCUUCUUUAGGUGUUUGUCAUGAGAUCAUUCAAUAAAAAUAUGACAUGUAAUAAUUUUUUGAAAUGCAUCAGUUGAUACUGAUCUUCGAAAUACAUGACAUGUCAUGUUUUUAUUGGAUUACACAUCACAAACAUCUUAAGAACAAUACCUAAAGUGUUGUCCUCUUUUUUUUUUUUUUUUUUUGCUUUGAAUAAAGAAGUAACAUUAAUCCAAAGGAUAGAUACGUCAUGUAAGAUCAGAGUUCAUUCUCCCAUCAUCAACCUCUGGCUCCGUACUACAAGGUACAGCAAAAUGUUGUCCUUUGCUUAACCGGUUGAAGAAUAUCCAGACAGGUGACUAAUGAAUUAGAUGAUAGAACUAAACCUGAUAUGAGUGAUAGAGAAACAUAAUAAUGUAUUGUCUAGUGUUCUAUUGUGGUUUCUUCUUUGGUACUUUGAGCUAGCAGACAUGUACAUGAAGAUACUGAGUCAUUUGCAGAAGUGAAGCUUCCUAAUUUGGAUAUUGAAAAGAGUUUUCUGCUGAGCUUUGUAGCAUGGAUGGUUGAGAGAGAAAUUGUUGGCAGGUGACUCUAAAGUUUAGAACCAAAAAUGAUAUCAAUAGUGGUGAAAUGUACUGAUGUAUGCAUCUUGCAGUAUGGUUUCUGCUUGUGUACUUUGAAAUGUCAAGGUAAUAAGGGAUGAUAAAUUAACGCUGUAAUCGCACAAGCUUGUUUCUUUUA